AUGGAUGUUCUAUUAGGUAUAAGAGUCAAGGAUUCGGUGAUAUUGGCCUCUUCAAAGGCUGUAACUAGGGGUAUUUCAAUUUUGAAAGAUUCAGAUGACAAGACCAGACAAUUACUCCCUCACACACUAAUGUCGUUCUCUGGUGAAGCUGGUGAUACAGUACAGUUUGCUGAAUAUAUCCAGGCUAAUAUGCAAUUGUAUUUGAUUAGAGAAAAUUAUGAAUUGUCUCCUCAUGCGGCAUCGAGUUUUGUUAGAACAGAAUUGGCUAAAUCCCUAAGAUCGAGGAAACCAUUCCAAGUUAACGUAUUAAUCGGUGGUUAUGAUACCAAGAAUGAGAAAGCAGAGUUGUACCAGAUAGAUUAUCUAGGUACUAAGGUAGAAUUACCAUACGCUGCCCACGGUUACGCUGGUUUCUACACAUUCUCUCUAUUGGAUCGUCAUUACAGAGAGGAUUUAACAGUAGAUGAAGCCUUAGGUUUAUUGAAGCAAUGUGUACAAGAGCUAGAGCUAAGAAUGCCAGUUGAUUUCAAGGGGGUUAUUGUAAAAAUCGUGGAUAAGGAUGGUGUUAGGGUCGUUGACGACUUUUAG